CGCCGCUCGGUGAAGUGGGCGGGGGCAGAGGGCGUGGCUUUAGCCGCAGGUGGGCUGGGAAAACGCGUGUAGGAGAUGCAGGAACUAAGUCCGCAGCCCAAUGGUGUGUGUACAGGCUCAAGUUGCUUUUCGGUCUACAAGGCAGGUUCAAUGUCGAUACGGGGGACCCCUCGACCUGACGUCACCGAGCAAGAGAUGAUACUCUUUAGAAAAGCCAAAAUGACAUCUCCUUGAACCCGAGAAUACCAUGCCGGAGUCGGAGAGAAGUUGACCAGAGUAAAACCGGAACAGCCGAGAUCAGGAAACACAGAGGGUCAUCGGAGCAGGCUGUGGGCACCAUGCCACAGGAGAAGCAGUGCCCGGGGGAGCGCCCGCCCCGCAGUGCCAGCAAGAACGCCAAGGAGAAGAGCAACAGCGCCGCCCUGCGGGCCGAGCUGGGCGCGGCGGGGCUGGGCCGCGUGGGGGGGCCCGGCUCCCGCUGCGAGUCGGAGAAGGACUCCGGCUACUCCGACGGCGGCUCGGACUGCCUCCAGACCGACCCGCAGGACCAGCGGAGCGGCGUGAGGCAGCACUGCGGGGUCCCGGGCCGGGGGGCCGCCUUUGGGGACCUGACGCCCGUCUACAUCGUGAAGAACCUGGUGCUGAAGCAGACCCCCUCUGACCAGAUCCUCCAUGGCCAGCUGGCGUGGGGAGGGCAGCACGCCGUGGGCAGUGCCAGCGGGCAGCCCGCCGCCCAGCUCCUCUUCAUUCAGCAGCCGGGAGCGGGCACUGGUGCCGCCGCCGCCUCCCCCGGCCCCCUCAAGCCCCAGCCCAAGAAGGCUGGCAGAGACACCUACCUGCCCAUCCUCCACUCCUACCCCCGCAUCGCGCCGCACCCCAGCAAGGGCGGGCCAGCGGGGACGGCAGCGGGGGGCGGGGUCCCGGCCGAGGCCCUGCGGGGCCACUGCCAGAGCAAGCGGGUGUGCGUGGAGGACAGGAGGGAGGUGGUGACCUCUUCCGAGCUCCCGGAGCAGGACGCCAAGCCCAAGCCGCCAGGCCUGCGGCCCGCCCCCCCCGGCGUCCCGCCAGCCAGCCCCCCCGAGCCCUCCGGCGUGGGCUCCCCCUCCGUCUCCAGCUCCGAGGCGCCCCCCCAGGAAGCCCGGGCCGCCAGGAAGCACGUCUCCAACCUGGCCAAGCAGCGCCGGUUCCUGAACACGGUGGAGAUCCUCAGCCACUCGGGCCUGCUGGGCAUCACGCUGCGCACCAAGGAGCUGAUCCGGCAGAGCUGCAGCACCAAGCGCGAGAUCGCCGAGCUGCGCCAGCACACGCACCUGCUCUGCCAGGCCGUCCACACCAACGACCCCCGGGCCUGGGCCCAGCUGGAGGAGGCCAUGGUGUCCUCGGGCCACUCCCCCGACCUGGACCGGGGGCUGUGCUGCGCCGCCCGCCCCGCCAACACGCAGGGGAAGAGCCCCCGCCUCGCCGGGCCGGCGGCCCCCGGCCUGCCCCCGGAGGGGCCCGGAGCGCCGCCCCCCUCUCCCGGCCGCGCGAUUGACCUGAGCAGGCGGCGGAGAGCGGCCCCCCUGUCCCCCCUGAACGUGCCACCCGACAGCUCCACCCACGCGUGCCUGUCCUAACGCUGGCCAGAGGACCGAGGAGGCGUCUCCCCAUCGACGGACACUCCGCGGUGGCGCCACUGUGUGGUCGGCACCGGUAAUGCGACGCAGCAGGGCUUCUGGAUUCGAACUGAUCCAGAUCCCGAAUUUCUCUCCAGGCUGCUGCGUGAGGAAAGCCCGCACCGUCGCAGGAAGGCUUGGAUAUUUUUUUCAAUCUUUGCCUUUUUGAGGGGGCUCCGAUAGCAAAACAAACAUUUCUUGCCUUUCUGUGAAACGAUGUUGAUCUGCAAAGGCUGGUCUGUGCAAGUGAGCCUCUUGACUCUGAUCUCUCUCGUGCUCUCCUGGUAAGGGCCCUUACUCCUGGACUCCCGGCUGCAUGAAGCCGUUGCCUGAUUGGUCAGUUGCGGGUGUAGCAUUAAUGGUUGAUUUAUGAUGGGGGUGUUCUGCCGUUAAAGUGUUUUUUUUUAAUUCCAUUUAUGAGGACAGUUACAAAACAACACCUUAAAAAAACAAAAAACAAUUUUGCAACCUACCAACCUAGAGAGUGUAAAGAUUCAAAAAGGUCCAUGUGAAGGACUGCUUUCGCCUGUCGACAGGUGAGCUGUCUCGCCAGAGCUCUGUCACUGCGCUGCAGGUUCGACAGUCAGGACAGUCCCUCCUUCCCUAACAGUGGCACCUGUCUGAUCCAGAAAUAGUCACGCAGCUCGGUCCUCAAUCAAGACUCUUGACAGUAUAGCCAGCAGCUCUCCGUUCAGCUGCUGUGGGAACAUUCCUGGACACCUGUGGCCGGGGCAGUCUUGGACCGUGUCCAUAGUGGGGAGGCUCCUGUCCUUGAGGAACUGUUUCUUCAAAGUGCUCCAGGAACAGGGGGCAGCAGGGACAGCGGGUGGGUUACUGAAGACUUGCCUGUGCAGAGCCAGUCUGAUCAUCUAUGCCUUGUGUGUGCACGCGCAUCUCUUUCUAAGCGAUCCGAGCUUUGUACUGUGUAUGCUGCUGUAGUAAGUGUGGGUCUCUGUAGCUGGGGCGGGGGAGGAGUAUGCUGUACUGUACUAUGGUAUAUAGUACUAUGUACUAUAAAAACAGUUUGUGCUCUACAGUGGAUUACUAAACAUUACAACGUUGAGAGAGAGAAGGGAACUGGUGAGUUGUCGUCUUUUCGGAUGGGAUGUUUUAGAGCUGUAUGAGGACAGAAGGGAGGGUGGCGGGCUGUGUGGGCUCCAGAGCGACACAUCCAUCAGCAGCAAGGUCGGCACACAGAAG